AUGGUCUCAGAUACCCACAUGGUCACCGGCGGCAGUGGCUUUAUCGCCAUCCAUCUCGUCAAUCAGCUCCUCCAAGCCGGAUAUAACGUGCACACUACUGUACGCGACUUGACCAACACGCGAAAAGUCCAGCCGCUACAAAAUUUACAAGAGAAAUUCCCCGGAAAGCUUGACCUCUUUGAAGCAGAUCUUCUCAAGCCGGGUUCAUUUGAACCUGCUAUGAAAGACUGCUCGGUGGUUCAUCAUGUUGCUUCUCCAUUUUUGAUGGCCGAGAAGAUCAAGGAUGGACAGAAGGAUAUGGUAGAUCCUGCGUUGCAAGGAACGCGAAAUGUUUUGAACAGCGUGAACAGCACCGAAAGUGUCAAACGGGUGGUUUUGACCUCUACAAGUAAGAACUCAAUCUCCAGAGGGUUACAGUUGUUAACAUAUUCAGUUGGUGCUAUCUUCGGAGACUACAUCGAUGUGAAGAGCAUGAAGGAUAAUAUCUUGGCUGAGAGCUACUUCAACGAAUCAAGCUCCGUUACCCACAAUCCAUAUCACUAUUCCAAAGUCGUCGCCGAGAAAGAAGCCUGGAAAAUCCAAAAGACCCAAUCACGCUGGGACAUGGUAGUCAUCUGCCCCGGCCUAGUUCUCGGUCCCUCCCUCACAGCAGGAUCAGAUUCUGGAAGUCUGUUCUUGCUUGACGAGUUAUUCAGCGGACAGCUUUGGUUCGGCGUUCCCGAUCUGAGUUUCUGCACCGUUGACGUGAGGGAGGUAGCUACAGCGCAUGUCAGGGCAGCAGAGACGGAGUCUGCGCAGGGGAGAUAUAUCAUCUGUGAUAGAGAGAUGGUGAGAUUCGUGGAUAUCUCGAAGCAGAUACGGCCUCAGGCGAAGCGCCGCUGGGUUCUUCCGCGGCAUACACUGCCGAAUUUACUGAUUCGGAUCGUUGGGCCUUUGUUUGGGUUGACGCAGAAGUGGAUGCGAGCCAAUCUUGGGGUGAGAUUUGAGGUUGGUAAUGAGCGUGGGAUUAAGGAACUUGGGAUCGUGUACCGGCCUCUGAGCGAGACGUUGGAUGAUCACUACAAAUCAUGGCAGGCUCAGAAGAUACCUACGUCAGUAAGGUGA